GAUAAGUUCUCCGGGGAGUUCGACCGCCGAUUAGUUAUUGAGAGGAAUAUGAAUUGCUCCGGAAAAUUUACAAAUAAUACUUGCCCACAAGAAUGGGAUGGUUGGAUCAAAUGGCCGGAAACAUGUCCGGGGCAAAACGCCACCAUGGAUUGCCCAAAAAUACCCGAAACACUACGAGGUGCGAAAGCCAUAAAGAUAUGCAACGAGAACGGCACGUGGGAGUGGAACAGUCUGACGAACAACACGAAAAGCCACUACGAAAUGUGCAUCAUGCCAAAAUUUCAGGACAUCGCCCGAAUGUGCAACCAAUUCGGCAACAACGCAUGCAAACAGAUUGCUAAAGUAACCAGGAGUUUGGAGAUGACCGGAUUGUCCGUUUCGUUAGUCUCAUUAACAAUUGGAUUAUACAUAUUCUCUCAGUACAGGAUACUCAGGAACAACAGGACGAAGAUCCACAUCAACUUGUUCAUUUCGACGUUGCUCCACGUCGUUUUCCGGCUGAUUAAAUACACCGAUCAGUUUUUACAAGAGGGUGUGCUUCAAAAAGUCCCGUUCCUGGAUAAAACCUGCAUAGCACUAUUGGAGUACACAAGAACGGCGAUGUUCAUGUGGAUGUUCAUAGAAGGACUCUAUUUGCACAACUUGAUUACGGUCACGGUUUUCCAGGAAUAUACGUACAUCAAGCUGUAUUUCUAUCUUGGGUGGACUGGAGCUGGUGUUAUGACACUAAUUUGGCUCGUAACAAUGCUCAUAAAGGCUGAUUCGAACUGGAAGAUUUAUUACUUCUUCGAUUAUUAUUGGAUAUUGGAGGGGCCGCGGUGCACUAUAAUACUGGUGAACUUCCUCUUCCUUUUCAACAUCAUUAGGGUGCUUGUGGUGAAAUUGCGCGAGAGUCACACAAGCGAAAUCGAACAAGUCAGGAAAGCCGUUCGCGCCGCAAUAUUCCUUUUACCUUUAUUGGGCACCCCCAAUCUCCUCUUUCAAAUCAACUACAUCUACGACGAGGCGUGGAAGUUCUCCUUGUGGUCUUACGUCACUUAUUCGCUGAACUCCUUUCAGGGCUUCUUCGUGGCCGUUCUGUACUGUUUCCUGAACGGCGAGGUGCAGACGGCCAUAAAGAACAGCUAUUACCUCAGACAGUCGUUGAGGAGCAACGAGUACACGCCGUGCAGGAAUUUCACGCUCAUCUCCAUCGGACACGAUCGGGGCACGUCUCCUAAAAAGACGGGACUUCCUCAAGGAUGGUUUGGGUGCUGCAAAAAGGUCGAACUGUCGUCGCCGGAAGGAAAGGACAUGGACCUGUAUGAUAUGAAUGAGCGUAGAGAUACCGCUGUACUCACUGCAAUAACCACGGAAAAUCAUACAGAUGACAGAUUAAAAAAGGAGGAAUGGUCCAGAAUUUCACACGAGGAAACUAACUCGUCGAUUGUCGAAGAAAAGCAUCUCGAAUUAAAGAUGUGACAGGAGCCCUCAAAUGGGCACGAAAUGAAUGUUGUGCAGAAAUCCAUCUCAACAGACUGCUGAAGCCUAUUUUUGUAAUUUGUUUAAUGGUGUUUAGAUGGUGUUUGUAAAAUUAAUAAUGUACAAUAAUUUGUG